AGUGGCAACCUCGCACUACUGUCGUUGACGUUUGACGCCUUGACGUAUUAUACAGUGUCAUAACCUUAAAACGUUAUUUACAAAAUGUGUUUAAAUUAUUAACAAAUUGUUAAAAUGUCUUCUGCGUUAGUACAAAAGGCGUUACAAAUUGUAGAUCCAGACUUUCAUAAACAGUCGAAAGGUAAGACACAUCAAAGUACGAAGAACGUGUUCGGUUUAAUCCCCGAAAAGCAAAAAAUUACAAAAAAUAUUAUCCGAAAAGGACAUAAAGAAAAAGUUGGAGUCUUGUCAAUUUCAAAAAAACUAACAGUGACGGAAGCUAGGAAGCUUAUUAAAAGUAAGGAUGAAAUUCUGAAGGAGAACUUGAAAAAACUUAAACAGAUUCAAGGAGCGUGUACUAUUGAACUCGAUAAAGAAACAACUGAGAAAAUUCUUGAAAGAGCUGUAACCAAACGACCUGUAAAAGCCAAGAAGAAAACAAAGAAAGCACAGAAGACUGCUUUCACUGAAGAAGAUUUCAAGAACUUCGAGGAAGAAUAUUUAGAUUCUUAAAAUGUUUGUUUCAAAUAGAACUUACAGUAUUUCAAUGCUCAUGUUGAGUGUGGUAGGGAUAUUCUAUAUGUUGUUUAUGCUUAUAAUUGUACCCAUUUUACCACUGGAUGAGGAUAAUGUAUUAUCUUCAGUUUCCCAAACACCAAUUUUGUUGUGUGCUGGUAUUUCUGGACUAUUGUUUUGUGGAAGUUUGUCAAUUUUUACCAUUUUAGUGAUGGGUAAAGGAAAAUGGAACGACUGUUGUGGUGUUAUAAGAGACAAAUUUAUUAAAAAGUGAGCUAAAA